GGCGCUCAGUGCUCUUACAUCCGUCAGCCAAACUUUUCAAGUGUCAGUGGGAGUAUCGAGUCUGAUCGAACUGUCUCAGAUUUGUUUUACAUACAUCACAUUUAUAUUAAAGCGGAUCGUUUCACGUACGCCACCUCUGCGCUUAAACAUCAACAAAUUUGAAAAACAUACCUACAAUAAGAAUCGAGGAUUACCUGAAGACAGCCUAAUAAAGAAAUUGAAACGGAGCAUCUCGUCGAAGAGUGAAAGUGGUGCUCGAUAGGCGAUAAACCCAAGGAAGGUGCGAGGAGACGCCGUUGUUAAAUUGAGCGCUGACCAUCGUCUCCCGUAGCAACGCUCAGGCCACGUGACCUUUGCCGAGGUUACAUAUAGACCGAACUGCCGGGCGGGGAGCCUCUUUUCACAGUGCGUUGUGGUUGCUUGUGCAGUGUAAUCCCGCUGAGCUGUCUGACACGGAAACUAGCAGCAAAAUGCCCGAGACUUCAUACCACAUGAACGGCCAUGCCAACGGCCACAUGCCACCCGAACUACAACAGGGAACUAGCUUCCUUUUCACGUCGGAAUCAGUCGGCGAAGGACAUCCAGAUAAGAUGUGCGAUCAAAUCAGUGAUGCCAUCUUAGACGCACACUUGCAGCAAGACCCAAACGCCAUGGUUGCCUGUGAAACAGUUACAAAGACGGGAAUGAUCUUGUUGUGCGGAGAAAUCACCUCAAAGGCAGUAGUGGACUACCAGAAGAUCGUGAGAGAUACAGUGAAACACAUCGGCUAUGAUGACUCCUCAAAAGGUUUUGACUACAAACUGUGCAAUGUGCUAUUGGCGCUUGACGCCCAAUCACCAAAUAUUGCCGCAGGGGUUCACGAGAAUCGCAGUGACGAGGAAGUUGGCGCCGGUGAUCAGGGUUUAAUGUUUGGCUACGCCACCGAUGAAACAGAAGAAUGUAUGCCACUCACAGUUGUUCUUGCACACCGGCUAAACCAGAAAAUUGCAGAACUCAGACGCAGCGAAGAACUAUGGUGGGCCCGUCCAGACUCCAAAACACAGGUGACCUGCGAAUACAUAAUGGAUCAUGGCGCCUGUGUUCCUAGUCGAGUUCACACAGUAGUUGUAUCUCUCCAGCAUAGUGAGAAAAUCUCCCUUGAUGAACUCCGGAAGGCUGUUAUGGAAAAAGUCAUUAAGACCGUCAUCCCUGCUAAAUACCUUGAUGAAAGAACAGUUUUCCACGUAAACCCAUGUGGGCUCUUCAUUAUUGGUGGUCCACAGAGCGAUGCUGGUCUCACAGGCCGCAAAAUCAUAGUAGACACAUACGGUGGUUGGGGAGCCCAUGGUGGUGGUGCCUUCUCUGGUAAAGACUUUACCAAAGUUGAUCGGUCUGCAGCAUAUGCUGCAAGAUGGGUUGCAAAGUCUCUUGUGAAGGCUGGUCUUUGCAGGCGUUGUUUAGUGCAGGUUUCGUAUGCCAUUGGUGUUGCAGAACCUUUGUCUAUCACAGUUUUUGACUACGGCACCUCCAAGUUGUCACAAACCAAACUGUUGGACAUUGUGAACAAAAACUUUGAUCUACGCCCUGGUAAAAUCGUAAAGGAGCUGAAUCUUCGCAAUCCAAUAUAUCAACAGACCAGUACAUAUGGCCAUUUCGGCAGGGAAGGUUUCAGCUGGGAACAGCCAAAGAUCCUAAACCUCGAUUGAACGGUUAAUGAUUUCAGAUUUUCUUAACUUAGAAACCAUUAAACUUACCAGGUUACGCUAUGCCCGUUAGCCCCUACCCAAUCCUUUCAUCAUCAAAGAACAAAAGUCACCAACCCUCUUGUGAUAAAGCACUGAAUAAGCUUUUUUUAACUUUACUUUGAGCGCCAAGUUGCAAUGUGUGAAUUAAAUAAUUCAGCCAAACAGAAUAAGAAUCUCUGAACUUGGAUUUGAUUCGCGUCUCGAUCAAAAAUGAUUACAUUCAAGUUCACUUGCACAGCCAGCCGAAUUUUUUUAAUUUUUUUUGCAAUGACAAUAUUUGUACUGAUUCGUAGUUCCUUAUUGUGGACGAAUACUUAGCAUCAAUUGGGCGUCAUUGUGUAUGUAGACUUAAUUCUGAUGGGUGUAUAUACUUUGUACCACCAGUAAUUUUGAACUUGAGCUAUUAAACUUCUUCAUUUUGGAACUUUGACGAUUGAUAUUAGUGAACAUAGUUGAAUCUCACAAUACAUGGUACAAAUACAAGGAAGUACAAACUAUUCGUAAUAAAUACACAGCAACUUGGCAGUGCUUUUAUCUUAUAAAUUUCAAUAUUUGAUUUUUUUAAAUCAUGAUUUGGUUUAUAAUCAACACCGACUGUUUGAAGUGAUGAAUUAUGAAAAUCCUGUGGUAUUUCAAUCUAAAGCAACAUAAUAACUUGGAGAAAAAAACGUAAAAAGAUUAUGCCAUCCCCAUGAUCCAAAAAAAAAAAAUAGGGGUCAAUUUCCGAAUAGCUCCCACCUCUGAUUUCAAUGAAAAUUCACAGGCAUGUAAUGUUAUGUGUACAAAAUUACAAAAUUAAGGAGGAGAAAUUCAGCGAUUUCAAAGGCCGACUUUUGACAGAUUACUGAGCGUGGCAGUGGGCCUAAUGAAUGAAAAACGAGAUAAAAUAUAAACCAGAAAUGAACUAAAAUUUCAUUGAAAAACUCUUCAGUUAGUUAAACGAGGUUACGGUACCACGGGUCUUCACAGUUCAUGUCUGGUUGCCGACUUUAUAUCUCACAAACUAGAUGUUUCCGCAAGAUAUUACUUCGGGAUUCAACUUAAUUUCGUACAUAUUACAUGCCUGUGGAAUUUUAUUGAAAUCGGAGGUGGGGGCUAUUCGGAAGUCUUACCGAAAAUAGCAUUGAAAUAAGUAACUAUAUGUAAGUCUGUAUAUAUUGGCAGUAAGAUGUCACAUCUGUAGCUUAUAAGUAAUACUUAAUGACGUAGUACGAGAUGGAGUUGUUAAAAGUUUGUAAAUUUCAUUCGGUAUGACGGUUUUAUCCAUUAUACUAUUGUGAGGUUUUUGAACUUUUCACCGUCAAUCAAUAUUUAGGAGGAUAUGUUCUUUGUAUAUAAAAUUAUUGUAUUGCAGAACAAACUUUAUUUGGAGUAGCGACAUAGCUCCAGUUUUAUAACUGGAAACAAACAUUCGUGAGCGUGUCCUAACGUUUCUGCAUUUAGAAAAAUGAAAAAAAAGUGCACGGAAAGGUAAUUGAAACAUCAUGUUUGUGUGAGAAUAUUCUACCUACUAUUUCGUUAAGUAAUACUUUUUAGUGAUUCUUAGUGAUCUUAGUAGUCCGUAAGUGUACAUGAAUUUACCCCAAAGCCAUACCAUCCGGAUUUAUGUGAGUGAUGUAGAGGCCCCUUAUCCACCCUCGUGGUGACUGGACGAGCCUUUGAUUAGUAUUUGAAUGACACGAAAAGUUUAAAUUCAAAUUGUUACUCGUACUUCCUGGUAGAAGAAACGGAUGUUAUAGUAUUUAUGCUGGUUUUACAAGUACACCUUAUCAUUAGGCGGCCUCGAAAUUAAUUAUCCCCGUUUAGGCUUAAGUAAGAAAAAAUAUUUCCAUUCAAUAUAUUUUUUUUUGUCAUGAGACGUUCUAGGAAAAGGGUCAGUCAGAGAUGACGGCUAUCCUAGCAUGAAAAUCGGACGCAAAACCCUUAGAAUUUUAUCGUGAAAUCAACUUAGCACUGUGGAACCAAUAAUAAUUGUAGACAAAAGGACAUCGAACCCUUGUCACGACGUUAGAUUUUUUGUACCGAUGACGAGUGUCGUCAUCCGAAUACAAAAAAUACAUAAUAAAAAAAUAAUUUUUUAAUAAA